CUCCGUACUGUGCCUGCAAUGGGAAGCGAGCUUCAUGUUGAUAAGCUGCGAUAAGCAUACUAGCUCUGUUGGGUACGCCGUCCGGGUCGGUUUUACAUAGUAGCUCCGCGAUUCCCAAUUGUCCAAAGUGCUAUGAAUGACCAUCUCCCGAUUGAAUAAAUGGGGCUUUAUUGUGCGGAGCAGAGAAGCACCAAGUAGACCCGGACAUCCGCGUAGAGAGAUUCCACGAUCAAUCUAGCCACAUUCGCAACUGUGCAGUACCAGGAGAGAGCAUCACCACACGCUCACCGCUUUGUACGGCGCCUUUCCAUGAUGGUCACCGCCCGCGCCCAACUGCCGCGGCAUGCGUCGCAGUCGCAAGUCGCAUCCACCCUCCAUCCAGCUUCUACUUCUUGAACUCAUACUCGGAGUACUGUACACCAGCCCCACACUCAAUCUCAACAGCUACCCCAUCUCCAAUCUCAAAGACAAUCCUCCCAAGCAACCCCGAAAAAAUGCCUCCCAAAGCGCCAAAAGGCGAAUACAUUGAAACCGACACGGGCAACAAAAUCUCACGCCGCAGCCUCAUCCACGGCACGCAGCACAUCAUCCUGGGCGGCAAGACCGUCAUCCAAUCCGACGCCGUCAUCCGGGGGGACCUCUACCGCUCCUCCAGCACCAGCACCAGCUCCCAUUCCCAUUCCCAGUCCAGCUCGCACGCCAGCUCCCACAAGCCCACCCCCUCAACCUCCUCAGCCUCCGGCGCCGCUUCCCAGCAACAACAACAAACGCCAUCCGUAGCCAUCACGAUCGGCCGCUACAGCUACAUCUCGCGGCAGGCGAUCCUGCGGCCGCCGUCGCGGCUGCACCGGGGCGUGUACGCGUUCUACCCGCUCAAGAUCGGCGACCACGUGUUCGUGGGCGAGCGCGCGGUCGUCGAGGCCGCCAGCGUGGGCAACCACGUGCACAUCGGCCGGGAUGCCGUGGUGGGCAGUAUGGCGAUCUUGAAGGAUUUCGCGUAUGUGCUGGAUGGGGCGGUCGUGGCGCCGGGGAUGGUUGUGCCCAGUUGGUGUGUGGUGGGUGGGGCGCCGGCGAGGAUUGUCGGGGAGGUCGGGGAGGGGUAUGGGGUUGAGGGGGCGGAGGGGGGCAUGGCGAGGGAGAGGUAUCGGGUUGUUGGGAGGUGA